UCCCCCCACCCAGCAGCCCGUCCCUCCCCUCCGCCGCUCCCGACGCUGCCGCCACCUCCUCCUCGUCCCAACCCCCAGCCUCUCUCUCCCUCUCCCCAUCUCUCCUCUCUCUCUCGGUCCGGCUCUCCCUUUCCCGCCGGCGGCCCUGGCAGAGUAGGCACCGCAGGGCGGAGAGGGGAAAAAUCUCCAUGUAACACCAUGACAGGCAUCGCUGCCGCCUCCUUCUUCUCCAAUACCUGCCGCUUCGGGGGCUGCGGGCUCCACUUCCCAACCCUGGCGGAGCUUAUCGAGCACAUCGAAGACAACCAUAUCGAUACAGACCCACGCGUACUGGAGAAGCAAGAACUACAACAGCCAACCUAUGUUGCUCUCAGUUACAUUAACAGGUUUAUGACUGAUGCAGCUCGGCGAGAACAGGAAUCUCUGAAGAAAAAAAUCCAGCCUAAACUCUCCUUGACUCUAUCAAGCUCAGUGUCCCGUGGAAAUGUAUCUACUCCUCCACGCCACAGCAGUGGGAGCCUUACUCCACCAGUCACUCCACCCAUUACCCCUUCAUCCUCAUUUCGAAGUAGCACACCUACAGGUAGUGAGUAUGAUGAAGAAGAAGUAGACUAUGAAGAUUCAGACAGUGAUGAGUCCUGGACUACAGAAAGUGCCAUCAGUUCUGAAGCUAUCCUAAGUUCCAUGUGUAUGAAUGGAGGGGAUGAAAAACCUUUUGCUUGUCCUGUCCCUGGGUGUAAAAAGCGAUAUAAGAAUGUGAACGGUAUAAAAUAUCAUGCCAAGAAUGGCCACAGAACACAGAUCCGUGUGCGGAAGCCAUUCAAAUGUCGUUGUGGGAAGAGUUACAAGACUGCUCAGGGUCUGCGGCACCAUACAAUCAAUUUCCACCCACCAGUGUCUGCUGAGAUUAUCAGAAAGAUGCAGCAAUAACAUGCUGGUCACAAAUGUGCCAAGGAAUCCUCACCAGCAGUUGCUGAUUUUGAAGACAGCCACCUUCUCUGGGGCAGCACUGAGCAACCCCAGAAAGAAUUUAAAUUGCAUGCUUUACAAUUUUUCUGUAAUUUUGGAAUGAUGUAUCUUUGUAGAGUUAAUGAUUUUGUACAUUUGCACAUGUAAUCAUCAUGCCCAUAUACAUUACUUUGAUACAAAGGUGCUAAAAGCUACCAUUUUUUUAAUCCCCCCCACCCCAAAAAGAGGAUUAGGAUAUGUUGUAUAUUUAGUUGUUCUGCAGUGUUAAAAUAAGGGGAAGAAAAGCUUGGUACUGAGAACUUCAGGAUUGUAAUGUGAUUGAAGAGAUUCGACACAUCAGUUCCCACGUGCUUGCAAAACCAAAACAAUUCCCCAUUAUCCACCUGGUUAAUAUGCCUUAUGUAAUAGAGAUAGCUGUGGGAUAGCAAGGUUUUAGGUAUUGGAAUUAUAAAUAAGAGAAUGUUAUGCUUAAAAUAUUUUCAUACUCAAAUAACAUACAUAAAAAGGUGCGCUUGCUGUAUUUUAUAUUAUCUUGCAAAUUCUUUCAUUCUCUGAACUGCUGAAAAUCUUUUUCAUUUCAACUAGUAAAUCAUUCAUUCUAACAUGUCCUGCUCCUGUCUGUGAAAGAUGUUAUAGAAAGUUAAAAGCCCAUCCCAAUUCCAGAUGACAGAGUUCCCCUGGUUUUGUUAUUCCCCAAUAUCUACUACUAGAAGACAUUUGGAAAUGAAGUGCAAAUUUUGUGAGGGAGAAAUUAUCUUCAUCUUAGAUGAAGUUCUUAAAGCACUUUGUAGUUCUCAAUUGCCAACAAAUUUAAAUGUUUUAUGUGUUGCCAACUCUUGCAACUACUGUACUAGUAUGGAUCAGUGGUAGCAAAUAAAAAAAUUCUAGGAUGCUUUAAUGAGGUACAUUAUUUGUGUUAAGGGAGUUUCAAGUUCCAUUUACAUUGUACCUUCAGAUUUUUGUAUAUAUAUAUAUAUAUAUAUAUAUAUAAUAUAUAUAUAUUUUCUAAGUAACUUACUGUGGGUUGUUGCAUUCCACAAGUUUAGCAUUAAGUUUAUUUCUGACAUCAUGAGCCUUACUGAAAUGAAGUGCUUCUUGAAUCAGGUACUCACAGAUAGCUCUGAUUUCAGAUCUGUCAUGGAGAUACUUGCAUCUGGACCAUACAUGAAUGCUUUAUUUGAUGCUCUCCUGCCUUCAUUAGUCUCCUCUUGUGUAAGUACUAGUGAAGGUUAACAGUUUAGGUAGUAUGCAGAGUUCAGGUUGUAUCCACUUCUGUCAAACUCAGAGUAGACCCAACAACUCUAAUACACGUUAGUCAUAAGUAACUUACAUCCAACAGUUCAGUGUAUCUACUCAGAUUGUAACAGUUGGAUACAGUCCUACAUUAAAUUUAAUUGGGAGGCUGUCUCCCUCAUGAGAAAAUGUUAGGUUUUAAAAGUAGUCCUCUUCUGUGUAUUUUGUAUUUAUAUAUGUAUAUGACAUGGGAAGUGCAAGUCUUCAUUCUUUUACAACAUGUAAAGAUUGAAAGGCAAAGGAUUAGUUAGUGAAGAUCCGUUUUUCUGACCUUCUAAAUCUCUCAUAACGAGGGUUGAAAAGGAUUUAAAACAAAGCCUCUUUAAAACAAAUCACUCUCAACCAUCUUCAGAAAGCAUUUUAUAGCAUGUGCAAGGCAGCCUUCCUCACUCUGGUGCCCUCUAGAUGUUUUGGACUACAACUCCCAUCACACCUGUGCUGGCUGAGGCUGAUGGGAAAUUGUAGUUCAAAAACCUUCAGAGAACACCACAUUGAGGAAGACUGGUGUAAUGGUUGAUCCAGACAUAAAAAUCUGUUGCUUGUACUUAAAGCCCUACUACCCAUCUUCCAAUAUUUUGACUUUGGCAUCAUAAAGCUCUGUCAAGUGAACGAAGGCAGGCUAACGUUAUUGACAAGCUAAACAAAAGUAAUGUUGCAUGCCAUUCCUUUUCACUAUUACAAUCAAGUUGUUACUUACCUAGUCAUUGUGACAGUAUUAAACAGAUAAGAAUGGGACUAUUUUGUUACACUGUGUAUAGUGAAUGUAUUGUACUGUGUUUGUGAAAAUGUGCUUUAAAUUAUAUUUUCCUAUAUUUUGGGGGACAAAGCUCAUUAAGUUUGGAAGUCACAAGAGGUUUGUUUUAAAACUUAGUGCCACAAAGUGCAUCGAAAUUUCUUUCAAUUAAAGCUGCUUAUAAAUGUAAAUUGAACAUUUAAUAAAUUGCCUCU